UCGAUAACAGGUUGAAGAUAAAAAGGCCAAACGACAGGAGUAAAUAAAAUGGAAGAGCAUUUCCCUCUCUUCUAUCCCCCAAAUCCUAUAAAACGAUGAUCCUCAAUUCUCUUUUCAACUCCAUUGAACCACUCCCUCCCAAAAUUUGCCCUUCUCCCCCGAAACUUAAACCCUCCUCUCUGAGACCUCCUUUCGUAAUCAACCCCAUAAUUUUAUUUUCAUCAAAAUCUUCAUUGUACAAUGUCAAAUGUUGUCAGUGGACCCCUAUCAAGGCCUGUAAGGCGGAAAGGGAAAUCGACAUGGUGAAAACCAAGGAAGGGAUUUAUACUGCAAAGCCCAAGAAAGUGGUGGUGCUAUGGGAUUUGGACAACAAGCCGCCGCGCGGUCCGCCGUAUCAGGCUGCCCUGGCCCUGAAAGGGGUGGCCCAGAAAUUUGGUGAAGUUACUGAUAUCUCAGCCUAUGCAAAUCAUCACGCCUUUAUCCACCUCCCCCAGUGGGUCCUUGAGGAACGCCGGGAACGCCGCCAGAUGGAUUUUUUGGAGCGGAAGGGGUUGUCUACGCCUACUGAACCGUAUAUUUGCUCGGUGUGCGGGAGGAAAUGCAAGACCAACUUUGAUUUGAAGAAGCAUUUUCGACAAUUACACGAAAGGGAGAGGCAAAAGAAGCUGAACAGAAUGAGAAGUUUGAAGGGCAAGAAACGGCAGCGUUAUAAGGAGAGAUUUAUAAAUGGGAAUGAGAAGUACAAUGAGACAGCACGGCGUUUGUUGACCCCAAAGGUCGGUUAUGGUCUGGCCCAGGAGCUGAGACGUGCUGGGGUGUAUGUCAAGACGGUGGAGGAUAAGCCCCAGGCUGCGGAUUGGGCUUUAAAGAGGCAAAUGCAGCAUUCCAUGAGUAGGAGUGUCAAUUGGAUGGUAUUGGUGUCGGAUGACUCGGAUUUCUCGGAGAUGUUGAGGAAGGCGAGAGAAGCAAAUUUGGGGACGGUGGUUGUGGGAGAUCAGGAUAGAUCAUUAGGGAGGCAUGCUGAUAUAUGGGUGCCAUGGAUUAGGGUGGAGAAUGGGGAAAUUAAGGAGAAUGAUUUGGAAUUGAAGAGCAAAAUAAGGAGGGAGUUUGAUGGGAGAAGGGGUAGAAGCUUUUCAGUUAGUGAGUUUGAUGGGGGGUUAGCAGAGGAGAAUUUGGAUGAGCUUGUUGGGAGAAUGGAGUUGGAUGAUGUGAGGAUCUCAUCCUUUUCAGAAGUCGAGGAGGGCUAUGAGGAAGAUGAUGACUGGAUAGGAGCGAGAUUGGAUAAACAGGAUAAUGUGAAUUCCAUUAUAUAUGAUGAUGGGAAGGAGGGGGAUUAUUUAUUGUAUAGUGAAGAUGAAGAAUUGGAAGAAGCAGAUGAUGCAUACUUUUGAUGCUGUUAGGAUUGUGCAGCUGAAUUUUUUAAAGAUUUGUGGAAAGACUCUCUCGUUUAUAUAUGAUUGGUUUUCUCAGUAGUUAAAGUGUCAUUAACAGAAGCAUGAUGACUGAUGUCCCAGUGUUGGAAGUCUAGAACUCGGUCUUUGAAAAGCAAUCGUGUAAUUGCCAACUCAUCUCUGUUUUGACAUUGAGCUCUGUGAAGGUUGAAAUUGUCCACAGUCUCCUUCAUGAAUGUUAUACAUCUUCCGGCUCACCUGUUUGUGGUUUGCUUCCUCAAACUCUUUUUUUUUUUUUGUUACAACUUUCAGUUUUUAUGGCUUAAAAUUUGACCUUUCGAUUCCAUAAGAUAAUAACAUGAGCUAAAGCUUUCUGUU